CCUUCACCCAGUCAUCUCAGAGACAAAGGGAAAACAAAAUCUAGAUAGAGAGAGAGAGAGUGAGCAUGAACAGAAAGAAGCUCAAGAUCCUGCUCUCUCUCUUCGCUUUCAACUCCAUCUAUCUCUACUUCUUCUCCUCCUCCGACCACCACCUCUUCAUCCACCAUAAACUCCUCCCCGGAAACCACAAGGCGUCCCCGGCGAACCCCAAAACUCCGCCGGGAAAACACCCUCAUUUCCCUAUCACCCCCCGCGCCAAGCCAUGGCCAAUUCUCCCGUCUUACCUUCCGUGGUCGCUGAACCCCACCGUGGCUCUUCGUUCCUGCGAGGGUUACUUCGGGAACGGCUUCACGCGCCGAAUCGGCCUUCGACGUUCUUCGGUGGAAAGGGAAUCGGGGAUCUCCGGCGGGGGCGGGUGGUUCAGGUGCUGGCACAGCGGGACGUUGCAGAGUUCGGUGUGUGAGGGAGGGAGGGUGAGGAUGACGCCGGAGAGGAUUCAGAUGUCGAUCGGAGGGGAGAGGUUGGAGAAUGUGAUUGGGAGGAAGGAGGAGGAGGAGUUGCCGGAGUUUGAGGCCGGAGCCUUUGAGGUUGAUGCUGGGGAACGGUUUGGCGAUCAGAGGAAGCUUGUGGAUGAAGAGUUUCUGAAUCGAUUUGUGCCGCAGGGUGCGAUUUCACGGCAUACUAUGCGUGGCUUGCUUGAUUCGAUUCGAUUGGUUGGAUCCAGUGAGUUCAAGUGCGAUCAGUGGAUCGAGGAACCAACACUUCUAGUCACACGCUUUGAGUAUGCAAACCUUUUUCACACAUUUACAGAUUGGUACAGUGCAUAUGUUGCUUCUAGAGUGACAGGCUUACCCAAUCGACCUCAUUUGGUUUUUAUAGAUGGCCACUGUAGGGCACCUUUAGAAGAAACAUGGAAAGCGCUGUUUUCAAGUCUUAAAUACGCUAAAAACUUUAGUGGUUCAGUUUGUUUUCGUCAUGCAGUUCUCGUGCCUUUGGGAUAUGAGACUGCUUUAUUUAAGGGGCUGUCUGAAAAUAUAAAUUGUCAUGGAGCAUUUGCACAUGAUCUGUGGCAAAACCCUGAUGACCUGAAAACUGCACGAUUAUCUGAGUUUGGAGAAAUGAUAAGAGCAGCUUUUGGGUUUCCAGUUGGAAGACACCGUGUUCUGAAGCCUGCCUCUGGUCACAAUAUCCUCUUUGUUAGGCGAGAAGAUUAUGUAGCUCACCCACGUCAUGGUGGUAAGGUUGAAUCAAGACUUAGCAAUGAACAGGAGGUGUUUGAUUCUCUAAAGAACUGGGCAUCUAAUUAUUUGGAAUGCAAAAUAAACCUUGUCGAUGGAUUAUUUGCUCACAUGCCAAUGAAAGAGCAAGUUCGAGCCAUCCAAGAUGCUUCAGUCAUCAUUGGUGCUCAUGGGGCAGGUCUAACUCACAUAAUAUCUGCAAGACCAAAAACGGUGAUCCUUGAAAUUAUUAGCAGCCUAUACAGGCGCCCGCAUUUUGCAUUGAUUUCCCAGUGGAAAGGCUUGGAGUAUCAUGCCAUUAAUCUUGAUGGAUCAUAUGCUGAUCCUAGAGUGGUUAUUGAUCAGCUUAACAGCAUAGUGAAAAGCCUUGGAUGCUGAAAAUUUUAUGGUUUCUUCAGGAAAUGGAUUCAUCCCUCUUUGCUGGGAAGUACAAGGACAAAGAGAAGUCCACCCCAUGUUUUGUAUCUCAGUUUUUGAAGUCUAUUGUUUGGCGUGCCAUAUUCUCUUUUUGUACAGUUUUGGCUUUUCCCACUGCUGCCAUUCUGCAGUGUUCAAAUGGAUAUUUCAUUGAAGAAAAGAAACUAUAGUUUCUUUAAUGGGGAUUUUUAUCAUUCCAAGGGUUUGCUCCAACUGAUGAUCCAUUGAAGACGGGUUGCCAAAACAUAGGGGCCUUGGCUGCUCUUUUUGCAGCACAUCUCUAGCAAUUCAGUGGAAGAUUUUCAGGGAAAGGUGGAUAGAAUAAUUACUUCGGAAUUAUUUGGUGUCCAUAGAGAGAAUGCCUGAUAUGCUGUCUUUGCACCUUUCAUAUUGUUCAUUUCAAGUAUUUAGUGUCUCUAGGAGGGGGAUGUAGGCUACCUUUUGAUUUUGCUUGGAAGCCAAUUCUUUAUUUAUUUACACAACCACCUUCUUGUACAAUAGACUGAUUCACCAGUUGAUUUCAAUUUGGUGGGAUUCUAUUCAAUACAGAUCAGAGAGACUUCUUGUAAA